GGGGAGGGCUUUUGUAGCCGUUGCGGAAGAGUGUGUAGCAUUGGUCCAGUGUGUUGUCCAGUGCGUUGAGGUCAGUGUGUUGGUACAGUUUUGGGGAAAUGUUCUUCAGAUUGGCCCGGUUGAAGUCCCCCGCAACAAUGAGUGCGGUCCUCGGGCGCGCGGUCUCCUGCACGUUAACUGCCCUGUGUAACUCCCGGAGCGUUCUGUCCGUGUCGGCCUGGGGGGGGAUAUAAACACCGGCGAUGUUAACCGAUGUAAACUCCCUGGGUAGCCAACAAGGCCGACACUGCAGCAUGAGGUACUCCAAGUCAGGGGAGCAGAAGGUGCCGAUGGUCCUGAUGUUCUGUUGGACACACCAAGUCCGGUUAACCAUCAGAUAUACCCCUCCGCCCCUUGUUUUCCCGGAGAGCUCCUGGUCUCUGUCCGCCCGAUGGACGGUGAAACCCGGGGGCUCGAUGGCGUGGUCCGGUACCUCAGCUGACAGCCAGGUCUCCGUGAGGCAGAUAACGUUACAGUUCCUGAUGUCCGGCUGGAAACAUAUCCGCGCCCGCAGCUCGCACAGUUUGUUGUCGAGAGACUACACGUUGGCCAGUAACAUGGUGGGGAGUGGGAGGCGAUGAGCGCGCCGUGUCAGCCGAACCAGGACCCCGGCUCGCCGGCCUCUCUUUCUCUGUUGGGACCCGGACUUCGGUCGGACCCCGGCUCGCCUGUCUGUCCUCCUCAGUUCAGGAAAGAGAGUUAGAUCCGGAGUGAGGAGGUCCCGGCUGUGGACGAGUCAACAUGUCUGCAGUUGUCAGACAGCAGCGUUAUCUGUCCACCGCAGGGGCUGAUGGGAGGUGUGAGGAGCCUUCAGGAACCACGUGGCCCUCGUCUGAUCUCACAGCUCGUCCUUGUUUGGCCUCAGCUGCAUCAGAGCGCCACUUCUCCCCAGGUUCACCAGAGGAAACACCACUGCACACAAUGCUUUUCCUCCCAGCUGCUGCUCUGUGCUGUCUGUGUUCAGCGCUGGUUGCCAUGGCAGCAGAGCUGAUUCAGGAGGAUUUAACAUUGACCAGGAGAGUUGGUGGGAAAGUUUCCUUCAGAUGUCAAGGAACUAACCAGUGUGGUGAUAAUUUUGUAUUCUGGUACCAGAAGAGAGACACAGAAACAUUCACAUUGAUUCUGGUUAUUGAUAAGACAAAUGGUGAAAUAGCUUCAGGUUACAAUCAUCCUCAGAAAGAUGAUUUCUCAGCUGUGAAUAAACAGAACGGCUGGGAGUUGGAGAUCCAGAAGGUUAAACUCAAUCAUUCAGCCUCCUACUACUGCGCCUGUUGGAUAGCUCUCCACAAUAUCAUUCUGCUUCAUCAUUUGGACUCGUUCACCUCAGCUGACACGCUCAACAGCAGACAGGUUUUUGUAUUACUCUGUUUCACUGUGGGAGGAUACGACAUCUUUGGCUCUGGAACUCAACUUUAUGUAACAGAUGAGCCGGUAGUGAAGCCCGUGGUGAGCGUGUACCCAGCAGCAUCCAGAGCCCACCUGGAGGGGAAGAGCUCCCUGCUGUGUCUGGCCUCAGCCAUGUUUCCUCCUCUGGUCCAGUUCUCCUGGAAAAGACGAAAGGACAACGGUCUUCUGGAGGAGCUGCCCCCUGCUGAGGGAGAGCAGCUGGAGCUCAGAGAGUCGGGACGCACCGCCGGCAUCUUGCUGAUCCGUCAGCCAGAGAACAGCACGUAUAAAUACCGCUGCUCCGUCCACCACGAGGGGGGCACAGUGGAGGCCCCAGCAGAACAAGAGGUUCCAGCUCCAGCAGCCUCCUGUCCUCCAGAGAGAGAGCCAGCACACCUGCCAGCUCUGCAGCAAGCUGACUUGUCCUUCCAGUCUCAGUGCAAGGUGAAGCUGCUCUGUGUGCUGUACACAGUGCUGAUAGUGAAGAGUCUGGUGUACUGCUGUGGACUCUCUCUGCUGAUGAUCCUCAGAAACAAGGGACCGUCCACCAACUGCACACAUGCUGACUGA